AAACAUCUGUCAUUUCCCAUGUCUUCUUCUUCAUCAGCAAUUUACCCCUAGGCAACUAGCACAGAGAGAUUCUCUAAGUAAGAAAAGCGCAAAUCGAGUUGCUGUUUCUCUAAUUGCUCAUCCGAUCGGUUAAAACAAAAGUUGCGGGCGAAGUUCGUCGGAAAUUCGGCCGAGGAAAAAUGGUGUCGGCGAACAGGGAAAUGGCGGUGUACUGUUUCGACACCUUGGUGGCUCACUGCAACAGCGAAAAGCCUCCUCUUCCUGCUUUCCACGACGACGAUCACCCAUUAUUUGUGACAUGGAAGAAAGUGGAGAACGGUGGUGAACCUCGUUUGCGUGGUUGCAUUGGUACUUUGAAGCCUUGCCGCUUAACAGAAGGCCUUAGAUAUUUUGCUCUAACUAGUGCUCUUAAGGACCGCCGUUUCUCCCCAAUACAGGCUGAAGAAUUGCCUACGCUUGAAUGUACUGUUUCUGUUCUGGUUAAUUAUGAAAAUGGACACGACUAUCUUGAUUGGGAGGUUGGUAAGCAUGGAAUAACUAUUGAAUUUGUUGGCGAUAAUAAUUUUGAGGGAAGUGCCACAUACCUUCCAGAAGUAGCUGCCGAAGAAGGGUGGACACAAUAUGAAGCAAUCGUCUCACUAAUGCGAAAAGCGGGCUACAGAGGCCCCAUAACCGAGUCAAUAUUGAAGGGAAUCCGGUUAACUCGCUACCAGAGCACACUCUUCACUUUGUCUUACAACGAUUACGCGGACUAUGUGAAGACCCCCAGAUGUGCAACACAAGUUUGAGGCUCCCUCCCCAUCCAUGGUGUGCUUGCACUAUAACGAUGCAAGCCCUGUGCUCGAAGUUAGUCUUUUGGUUUUUGCUACAUUUUGUGUUUCAAAUACUUUUGCAAAUUCCUCGUGCUACGCUUCGCUGUUUAUUGAGGUCAGAGGUAAGUUUGCGUACAUCUUGCCCCAUACCCUAUAUUCUAGGUUUGGUUUUGGUUUUGGUUUGUGUAUUUCAGAAACUUUAACCAGUUAAAAUUAUUAUGAAUUCCUAAGUUUCUAACACUAUGUUUGGUUCAAGGAAUUUGGGAGAAAAAAAAUGAUUUUCUCCUAUUUUUCUCGCCAAAAUAGGAAGAAUUUUAUUUUUCAGUAAAUUUUGACUUCCCAU